AUGCUGCGAGCUGCAGAAGAUGUGAGCAUGAAGCAGGAAGACUUGGCUUCCCAGGACAGAGACAGGAUCAGCUGGGACAUCAAUGACAUCAAGCUUCCUAAGGAUGUGAAGCAAGUUGACUGCUUUCAAGAGUGGCCAGAUUCUUACGUAAAAUGCAUCUAUAGCAGCGAUGACAAAAAUGCUCAGCGGCACCUGAGCAGCUGGGCCAUGAGGAACACCAACAAUCACAACUCACGCAUCUUAAAGAAGUCCUGCCUUGGUGUGGUUGUCUGUAGCAAUGAUUGCUCAACCCCUGAUGGGAGGAAGAUGUAUCUGAGACCAGCCAUAUGCGAUAAAGCCAGGCAAAAACAGCAAAGGAAAUCCUGUCCUAACUGUAAUGGGCCUUUGAAGCUUAUUCCCUGUCGAGGCCACGGUGGUUAUCCUGUAACCAACUUCUGGAGGCAUGAAGAACCAUUUAUAUUUUUUCAGUCCAAGGGUACUCACAAUCACCCAAGGCCAGAAACAAAGUUAGAAGCGGAAGCAAGAAGAUCAAUACAAAAGGCACAUACAGCUGUUCUACUCGCAUCCCCAAGACUUAAACGAAGCAGGGAUAUCGAGUUUCUGACAGAUGACAUGCAGAGCCAGGACACAUUACCACUGAUCGUUUCUAAGCAAGAAGAAUUGUUGUCACAGGACAGUUUCAGUGGACCCUUCAGAGACAAAGACUCUGAAGAGCAAGUGCUCAAUAAUUAUUUACCACUCAUUGAAGGCUACAGUUUUGGGAAAUCAUCUUAUCUAAUAGAGCAUGCUCAGGUCAUGGGCUGUGACAGACUCUUGAACAAAUGUCAACAGAUUGGAAUCAUGGAAUAUGAUAGCAGAGACCCAACUGAACCCCCGGACUCUGCCUACUCCGAAUGUGGGGAGCAACAAAGCUGGAACAAAAACAUGGAGCUAGGCAGAAACCCACUGGCAGACAAACAUCACAAUGGUACAACUACAUUUCUGUCAGGUCUGCACUGUGAAACAUUAGGCUCACUAAAUGCAGUUGAUUUUGGCAUUUCACAUGCUCCUGAAAUUCCACCUAUAGUAAAGGUUGGCUGCCACCCAUUAAGGUCUAAUGCAAAUAUGUUUGGAGAAGACACGUAUGAAGGAAAACCAUACCUGAAUUACAACAACGGCAACAUCCCUUCUUCCUUCUGCCAACUUUCCCCAGAAGAUCCUUACCUCAUUGCAGAAACUGCCCAUCACUAUUACCAGAAUGCCUUGCCAGUGAAAGAAAACGAAUGGCACACCGAAGAUGAGAGGAAAUACAUGAACCUGGAUCACUGCAACAAUGAGGUGUUUUUUAACCUCUUCCCUUUACGGUGA